AAAGAAACCCAUCCGCCUAACGUUGCCCUUCGUUCCUCUAGUUCUCUCCCCAUCCAGACCCUUUUCCUCUUCUUUCUCUUAGUUUGAUCUGAUCGAUCUGUAGUUUCUUCCUUCUUCCACAUCUCAGAUCGAAAUCAAUCGGAAAACCAUGGCUCAGAGGGAGAAAGAAGAGACGGAAUUCAAGGUUCCUGAAACCCUUACCCUCUGCACAAACGGUUGUGGUUUCCCUGGUAACCCAGCCACCAACAAUAUGUGCCAAAACUGCUUCAAGCCUAACGCAGGAGUCUUGAAGCCCCUCAAGUUCUCCGCCUCUCAAGAAAAUAAGCCCAGAUCCAGCUCGUCUCGAUCGCCGUCCAGAUCUGAAUCAGAUCAGCCGCUGGCGGAGACUAAAAGGGAACGAACGUUGGAGGAGACGACGGUGGCAGGAUCGGCGGAGGGGAAAGCUUCUAUCAGUUCCAGGCGAGAGGUGUACCGGUGCUCCGGUUGCAGGAGGAAGGUAGGGUUGACGGGGUUCCGAUGCCGGUGCGGGGAUUUGUUCUGUUCGGAGCAUAGGUACUCUGACCGACACGUGUGCAGUUACGAUUACAAGACUGCCGGUCGUGAAGCCAUAGCGCGCGAGAAUCCCGUCGUCAAAGCUGCGAAGAUCGUUAGAGUCUGACCAUGAAUCGGAGAAAUAUGAACACAAAAUUUGUAUUUUAUUUAAAAUUUAAAAAUGAAGAAAAAAAAAUGGAACUUUGUUGAACCCAACGAUUUGGAGACUUGGAUCUCCUGAAUCACAAUCUCUACGGAGAUUAACCCUCUCCAUGACCAUUUCAGUCAUAGAUCGAGAGAGAGAUUGUUAUGGACAGAAAACAUAUGGUAUGAUGAUGAUAUUCCCUCUGAUUUACUUGUA